UGGGGUGCCGAUCCCCACUGCACCUGCACGCAGGUGACACCUGGGGUUCAGCAUGGAGGUGCUUACUCUCCAAAGGCAGCCUGUGCUGCUGCCUGUGCUCUUGUGUGGAACUGACCUUUACUAGCUUUCAGGAUAAUGGUUUUAUAUAGUGCUCAGGCUCAGUAACGCCUUUCACUUUAACAGGUAUGUUCAGCCAAGGGAAACAGGCUUUUAGGGGCAGAAGAGUCUUUAUGUGCUGAGGACUUGACUCCUGAUGUUCCAGCAUAUCUGACUUUCACCUAGAGAACCCCUGUCCAUAAAAGUAAUCAUACACCAUAAGUACCUCAAAUGCCUGCCCGGACUGCAAUGGAUGAUGUUCCUUUAAAUAACAUUUUUUGUUGUUGGUUUUUUUUUUUUUUUCCCUCUGUUGGGCACCACAACACUGAAGUCACGUUGAAAAUGUUGCUCUAAGCCUCUUCUGAAAAUGAGAGAUGAGAGCUAGGUGCUCAAGCUAUUACUUAGUCAUUUCUACACUUCAUCACAUAAGCUUCACUCAACAGUAAAAUGUACUUCGUCACAGUUAUGCAGAAGACACUGCAAAUUCUCUCUUCCAUGGAGGUGAUCAGAGUCAUCCCCUCUGGCCACCUGCACAUUCUCAGUGUGAAAUGGAAAUCAGGUGUAGGGCAUGGCAUUAGUUACCAAACUGGAGAGGAAGGGUAAGAUGGAUCUUUUUACAGUACUUGAAAAAGAGAAGACAUUAGAAGUGAGGAAGGAGUUAAUCGUUGCAAAAUACGCGGUCAUUUCCUGAGCCCUGUGGUUGGAUGAGUACAAACUUUCAACUAUUUCUAAUUCUCCUCUGCCAUUUAAGAGGCUUUCAAGGUGCACUGUACACCCCAGACCAGGGUGGGUAUUGGUUCAACUCAGAUGCAUCUGCCUGAAGACAGUUUUGCUCUCUCUGAUGACUCUCUUACUCAUAGAGGAAAUCUGAUCUGCUACAGCACGGAAACAUCAGCGGUGACCACGGCGAGACAAAUUCCUUAGGGAGCUGCCUGUUUUUAAACCAAGUGUUCAUGAUAUGAUCCAGCUGGCUUAUAGGGAUCUACAACCCCCUUGUGAAUAAUGAUUGAAAACAGAUCCCACCUGGAUGUUGAAACGCUGGCAAUGCUCCAGAAUAAAGCUAUCUCCAUCACCCUCCCAGUUGUGUAUUCAUUGGUGGCGAUGAUCAGUAUCCCUGGCAACUUGUUCUCCCUUUGGGUACUCUGCUGGCACAUCAAACCCAAAACACCUUCUGUUAUCUUCAUGAUCAACCUAAGCGUCACAGAUCUCAUGCUGGCCAGCUGCUUUCCCUUCCAGAUUUAUUAUCACGUCCAUAGCAAUCACUGGAAUUUUAGCAAGACUCUCUGCAGCCUCGUGACUGUGAUGUUCUACUCCAAUAUGUAUUCUUCCAUACUGACAAUGACCUGUAUCAGCAUCGAGCGGUACAUGGGUGUGGUACAUCCCAUGAAGUUGAUCAAAUGGAGAAGAAAAAGAUAUGCCCUGGCUGCCUGCCUAGGUAUGUGGAUUUUCAUAUUAAUAGCCUUAUACCCACUUGAAAGCACAGAUCUGACCUAUGAAGUGAAAGAAUUGGGGAUUAUAACCUGUUUUGACGUCCUCAAAUGGAAUAUGCUGCCCAGCUUCGCAGCCUGGGUAGCCUUUCUCCUCACGCUAUUUGUCGUGCUCUUCCUGAUCCCUUUUGUUAUAACAGUUGGAUGCUAUAUUGGCAUCAUUCGGAAGCUUAUUCAGACGUCGAACAGAUACGGUAACAAGCAGAAGACUAGAUCCAUAUACCUGGCGAUAAUAGUCCUUUUGGUAUUCAUCACUUGCUUCGCCCCCAAUAACUUUAUCCUACUGGUGCAUGUGAUCAUCCGCCUAUUUUAUGACAGGAGUUUGUACCCUGCCUACAAGCUCACCUUGUGCCUCAGUUGCCUCAACAACUGCAUAGAUCCCUUCAUUUAUUAUUUUGCAUGCAAAGAAUUUUACCAGAAAUCCAUGCAAGUGUUUCGCCUUAAGGUACCGAUCAACGAUAGUUUGGAAAACAGAAGGGAAAGCUUAUUCUCUGGCAGGACCAUGUCAGCCAGGUCGAUGUCAAGCGGACCUAUGGAUGGGUUAGAGGGAGUAAAGGUCUCUUUGCAAAGACAGGAAAGUGUUUUUUAGCCUUAGACACCCCCAGAAAAAAAGGCACCUGUGAGAUCCUUGAGUAGACACAGAAGACGUUUCUUUUUGAAUGGCUACCCUCAAAAUACCUUGCUCCAGUGACAGAGCUCAGGCCAUACUUAUACUGCACAUCCUACUUCAGUGUUUUCUGGUAAGAAAGCAUUAAAGGAACUGAGUUUAUUCAAGAAGGCACUGAAGCAAACCCGAUAUUGAUAAUUAGGGGUUGAAAUGGAACUAGUCCUGCUGCAUGAAACUAAGGGAUAAGUUUAGAACAAAAAUUACUUUCAGGUUUUAUGAACUCAGUGUUUAACCAAACCCUUGUGAUUCUUAGUGAAUGUGAAAUAUUAUUGCAUAUCAAUCAGAGCAUAAACUGAAGUUAGAUUUGGGGUAGGGGAGUUAUUCCUCUAAGCAAUGUGCCGAGUUUUUAGUUUGGUUUUGUUUUGAAUGUAUUGCUUUUUUUCUUGUUGUAUUUCUAUUAAAGAAUGAGUAAAAAUA